AACCCCAACAAAAGGGUAGAAGUUACUUUAUCAGGUUGGUUCUUACGGCAAAGAGCCGUAGUUUUCAACCAUGGUGAACAUUACGGAUAAGAUCAAGGAUAUCGAGGAGGAGAUGAGAAAGACCCAAAAAAAUAAAGCCACAGAAUAUCAUUUGGGUUUACUGAAGGGAAAGCUUGCUCGUCUUAGGGCUCAACUUCUCGAGCCUGGACCAGGUGCUGGCGGUCCAGGUGGUGCGGGAUUCGACGUUCAAAAGAGUGGCGAUGCACGCAUUGCCCUCGUUGGCUUCCCCUCCGUCGGAAAGUCUACAUUCUUAUCCAAGAUCACAAAGACGAAGUCCGAAGUGGCAGCAUACUCUUUCACAACCUUGACGGCUAUUCCCGGAGUGUUGGAGUAUGGCGGUGCGGAAAUCCAGAUCCUCGAUUUACCCGGUAUCAUUGAGGGCGCUUCCGAAGGCAAGGGAAGAGGAAGACAGGUUAUUUCUGCUGCGAAGACGUCGGAUCUGAUUCUGAUGAUCUUGGACGCGACGAAGAAACAUGAACAGAGAGAGUUAUUAGAGGCUGAAUUAUAUGCGGUUGGGAUCAGACUGAACUGUUCGCCGCCCAACAUCUACCUCAAGCUAAAGAAGGCAGGUGGCAUGAAAAUCUCCUUCGCCUCGCCGCCCAAAAAAGUGGACGAGAAGAUGCUCUACAACAUCCUCCGCGACUACAAGAUGCUCAACUGCGAAGUCCUCGUCCGCGACGAAAACAUCACCGUCGACGACUUCAUCGACGUCAUCCUCGCCGACCACCGCACCUACAUCAACUGCCUCUACGUCUACAACAAGAUCGACGCCGUCUCCCUCGACUUCCUCGACUCGCUCGCCCGCGAGCCCCAGACCGUCGUCAUGUCCUGCGAGCUCGACAUGGGUAUCACGGACGUGGUGGACCGGUGCUGGAAGGAUCUGCGUCUGCUGCGCAUCUAUACUAAGCGCAAGGGUAUUGAUCCGGACUUCUCAGAGGCGCUGAUUGUGCGCCAGAAAUCGUCGAUUGAGGAUGUUUGUGAUCAGAUUCAUAGGAGUUUGAAGGAUACGUUUAAGUAUGCGCUUGUGUGGGGUGCGAGCGCGAGGCAUAUUCCGCAGCGUGUUGGGCUGAGCCAUUUGGUUGCGGAUGAGGAUGUGGUUAGUAUCAUAAGCAGCUUCAAGGCCUAAGGGAUGUAUGAAGUUGUGAGGGGUGUUCUUCGUCCGGUCAAGUAUGCAACCAUGUCUACAGGCAAGAAUCACCAUUAUGUUCACGAGAUGACAAACAAUGAAAGAAAGAACUGUUAUAGAAGGG